AUGGAGAUGGCAAAGCAAGUCGCGCGGAGCAUUGCAGGAGGGGCUGCUUGCGUGGCAGCCGAACCUGUCACUACUGGAAGCAGCGAUCUGCUGGAGUGCUGUCGGGCAGAUAGUGCAGGCAACCGACACCUGGAUGACGGCGGAUGUUGGCCUCAGCUGGAGAAUCGAACCGACAGCAUCCAAUCCUGCUGCACAGACCUUCUCAGCGCGUUGAUCUUCAAAGCUUAUAGCUUGAUUCAGGAGAUGCAAUUUGUGGCAAGUGCCACCUUGGCACUAUGGCUGCAAAAGACCUUUGGGCAGCUCGAACAAAGAAAGAUGAUGCCCAUAGUCCAAGAGGCGAUGCUGAAGCACAAAGAUGCCCUCCAUCAACGGGCCUUCACAGCCUUGGACUGGCCUGCCUUGGGGCAACAUCACUUUCAGAUCGCAGCCCAUGAGGCCAAUGAGUCUCUGGGCGCUGUGGUGGCCAGAAAGGGCAGUAAAGAUUACGCUCUCAUGGCUGCCUGGGGGAGCGCACUGCUGGGCCUCCAAGACGACGACGACGGAGCCGUGACGGAGGUGAGUUUGAUGUGUAACGUCUCCAAGGAAGUGGAAACUUUGAAGCCAGAGCAGCUGAAGCAUUUUGAGCACUUUGCGGAUGAGCCUGCCUAUGCAUUUUUCUCACCAUCGCCUUUCAAUCUGGUCGAUGUCUCGAGGGAAGCAGAAGUGAAGGCGUUUCAGAAAUAUCCCGAGUUGGGUGCCUGGCUUUGGCGUGUUCCGGAGCCCAAAGACGGCAACAUCUACGCCGAUCUUCUCCGAAAGCACGGCAUAAACCAGGCGUCGCUGCCAUUCCGCACCGGCGCCAUAGUGCUGUGCAUCUUGUACAGCUUGGGCCGCAAUGGUGGUUGGACCUCUGGAGCCAAAGAGCUUGAAGUCUAUGAGGUGGGAGGCGGCUACGGCUCCCUGGUGUCCAUGGCUGGGCGAGCGCGGCGGCCCCAUCGCGGAGACGUGUCGCACAUGGGGUUUCAAAGCUGGAACAUUUUCGAUUUGGAGCACGUGAGUGCUCUACAGGGCUGGUACCUCUCCAAGACGCUCCCAAAGAACUUUGAGUUGGAGCGUUUCUGUGCCCGCGGUCUCCGAAGGAAGAUUGUAGGUUCGCUUGCGACAGCCGAGACAUGGCAGUUGCCGACGUCAACGCGGUCCGUGGUGCGCUUGAUCGCUACAAAGGUGAAGGAUCUGUGGCUAUUCAGCCAUCGUUCAACGCAAAGUGGAGCGCGCGUCCGUGUGAUGCUGGCCUCCUUUAGCUGGAGCGAAUGCGAGAUGGAAGAGUUCCUGUGGUAUUUCAACCACAUCUUACCACUCUGCGAGUAUCUGAUUUUUGGCUACAGCAUUGCCAUACCAUGGGAAGAUUCCAAGAUCAAAUAUGAAUUGAUCACGCAACACAUGGUGCCACUGUCCAAGGAUGAAGCCUUGGCGGCGGUGCAGCGCAGCAAAGUGCUGAAGGGUCUCUCCAUCCAUGGCCAGGUCCGAGUGGCUGCCCUCUUGCGCCGCACUUGCUACCAGCCGGGUGAACGCUUGUGGUCAGCACAGGAGGGAGAGGUGCAGGAGAAACGUCUGGUGCUCAUCGAGCGCGGCGACGCCGAGCUGUGGCUCCCGGAGGCCGAUGGCGAGCGCUUCGUGGGACUCAUUGGACCCACCAAGGUGCUGGGUGGUCUCUUUGCAGUUGGCUCCGCCAGUAGGCAAGUCUUCUCGGCGCGGGUGCCGGAAGGCGACGACGCCAAGCCGCUGCAUGCCUGGGAGAUUGAGGCUAGCGACUUGGAGCAGUUCGAGUCCCUCUUCAACGCCGCCGACCUCUGUGCGCUGCGGCGCCGGGUGCUGCAGGAUGUGCGAAUUCAGCUGAUGCCGUAG